AUGGCCCCACGACCAAUCCCCCACUCUACACUCUAUUCCUCGGCUACCCUUAUCCGUCCCCACCCUAUCCAGAAGGUCCAUCUCGAGACUUCUGCCGAUAAAGUUGCCAAGUAUUCGAAGAUUCUGAAGCACUCCAACUGUAGACAUGCUGUUAGUCAUGCUCUUCUCAGACUCGCCCAACUGAACUGCCCUUUGAAGGUAUUUGAGACAUGUAAGACGGAAAAAAGACUGCAGAGAUUCGAAGGAAAUGUUGAGUGCCUGUAUCAGGUCAAUAUUUUGAAGCGGAAAUUCGAGGAGCUCCGUCGUAAAGAAGAAUCCGAGAAGACAGGAAAGAAAACAGCUAAGUUGGAGUUGAAGGAGGAGGAGUACGAUCCGGAGUUCUCAGGAUCCAAAGGAACAAAGUCUACAAUUAUGGAGAAGUAUGCUGAGUACAAACCAACACCGAUUCGUAGAUUUCCAAAAUUCAAUCGAUAA